AUGUGCGCGUCCCGCACUGUUCAAUGGUCUCUCCCCAAGUGUGUCAGGGUGGCGCACACCCGAAACCGCCGCUUCUUCGAGGGGUGGUACUGGCGCCUGACCCUGCCUGGCCGCGGCCAGAGCUUUGCCGUCAUCUACUCGGUGGAGGACCCCGGCUCCCAGCGCCCCACCAGCGGCGUGGGCGCCCAGAUCAUGGGCCCAAACGACAGCUACCUGCUGCAGUACGAGGAGGGCACCGCCGGCUUCUGGGCGGACCCGCAUGAGCUGGCGCUGGGCAAGGCCCUCGUCUCCGAGGGCUUCCAGGUGCAGGGAGGGCGGCACCAGGGGCGCAUCGUGUCACGGGAGGCCGGGGUCGUCCCCGGCCCCGCCCCCAGCGUUGCCUCCGCGCGCUGGGACUUCCAGGUCACCCCCAGGCUGGGCUGGGGCAGCCCCGGGCAGCGCCAGCUCUCCACCGCCGGCUGGCUGGCCGCGGUGCCCAUCUUCGAGCCGCACUGGCAGGUGCUCAUGGCGCACGGCUCCGCCUCGGGCUGGAUCGAGUGGGGAGGGGAGAGGUACGCCUUCCAGGGCGUGCCCACCUACGCGGAGAAGAACUGGGGGGGCGGCUUCCCCAGCCGCUGGUGCUGGGUGCAGUGCAACAGCUUUGACGGCCACCCAGGCACCAGCGUCACAGCCGUCUGUGCCCGGCGUGGGGUCCGCCUCGUGCCGGGGCUGGAGGAGGACGUGGGCCUGAUCGGGCUGCACGCGGCCGGCGACUUCCACGAGUUCGUGCCCAACAAGGGCGACAUCGGGUGGGAGGUGGAGCCGUGGGGCACAUGGCGCAUCCACGGCGAGAACGCGGAGCACACGGCGCUGGUGGAGGCCACCUGCCCCCCCGAGGCGGGCACCGUGCUGCGGGCCCCCACCGCCGACCUGGGACUGGCGCCCUUCUGCCGCGACAGCUUCUCGGGCAGGGUGCGCGUCAGGAUGUGGCGGCGCGGGGAGGAGGGGCGCGCGCCGCCGGUGGUAGACUGCGUGAGCCUGGAGGAGACGGGGGCGGUGGAGGUGGGGGGCGGGCCCUGGUGGAGCGGGUGGAAGGCCCGGGCGGCCAUGGCGGGGGGGGUCAAGGCGCUGCUCAACCUCCCCGUGGACGUGGAGGGGCUGACGGGCUGGCUCCCGGGAGGCCUCCGCCCCAAGGGACUCUAG